AUGGCUUCAGAUGACUCAAAGUCUGCAGAGCACCAGCACAUCGAGGGUUUGGUGCAGAAGAGGCUUCCAACAAGCCCCAUCUAUGCCUUCCUACUCUCCGACGUUAAGAUCAAGAGUGCCAGCAAAGGCCAUGUCAUCGCACGCCUACCGCUGGAGAAAAACCAUAUGAAUUCCGCUGGCAGCCUGCACGGCGCCGUCUCAGCAGCCAUCGUGGACUGGAUGGGUGGCAUGUCGAUAUCAAGUCACGAUCUGCGGGACAAGUCUGGCGUCAGCGUAGACAUUCAUGUUACGUACCAAUCAGGGGCCAAGCUUGGAGAAGAGAUUGAGAUCGAAGGCAUUGCAGAGCGUGUUGGUGGCAGUCUUGCGUUCACGAAGAUCAACAUCUACAAAGUUGAGGAAGGACAGAGAGGCAAGGUCGUUGCAACAGGCACACACACCAAGUUCGUGAAGGGCUCGGAGCCCAAGCCAGCAUCGUGA